UGCAACCAAAAAAUACUAAAGUGAUUGAAAAGAGAUCAUCUCUUUCAAGCGAAAUUUCUCAAGAUUCCUUUUUCAGUCACAUCGCAAUCACUUUCUGGCGAAAGUGUAGUUUCCUUUCUCUCAUUCCACAAGUAUUUGCCAAAUCUUAAUGGCAUUCUACAGCUCCAGCUACUACGAGACUGAUGAUCAUGGUGAGUAUUAUUUAACCCCUUAUUCUGAUGAUCUUUCUGCUCCAGUUCAACUAGAUCAAGGGCCAACAAUAUCUUAUUCUAGCUAUGAACCCAGCUUUCAAAACUUCCUUGAGUAUGUUCCAACCCCAUAUUUUCAUUCUUUUCAUUCAUACUCUGCCUCUCCUUGUUGUAGCAAGCCAAUAUCCAUUGAAUACAACCCAAAGUUUUACGAGCAGAGUUAUGAUACUCAAUUCUUGAUCUCUUACUCCGUAUCCGAGUUUAACGUGCCUGAUUUUGAAGAAUAUGAUCCUACACCUUAUGAUGGUGGGUUUGAUAUUGCUCAAGUGUAUGGCAAGCCCCUUUCACCUUCAGAAGAAACUUGUUAUCCUUUGAAUGGUGGAUCUGUGUCUGUCACACCAGUGGGUGGUAAUAAAGAGCAAAUUAAUGAGCAAGCAGCAAAACCCAUCAAUGGAAGCCAACCAAUCCAGGCUCAUGAAGAAGAGCAGAAGCAGCACCAAGAGAGCAGGGAAGAUCAGCCAAGUCAAGAGAGCACUGACCAGGGAAAGCCUGAUCAUCAAGUUGAGGAAGUUGAAGAAAGUAAGGGAAGUGACCAUGAACACAAUCUUGGGUCUGUAAGCCAUGGAUAUGAGAAGCAAGCUCAUCAAAUUCCUAGUGGUUAUGGAUUGGAAGCCAUGGACAUUUGUGAGAGUUUAUUUGGCUACUGGCCUUGCCUGUCUCGUGAUUUUAAGAGAGGGAAUGAUACUGGUCAAGGGUUUUCUGGGGAGGGAAGAUACGGCAACCCAUGGGAAGGAACUGCAGAUUAUCUUUUUGGAAGCUCAAAUCCAUAUGGAGAAAGAAGAGAUGAAGAGAGUUCCUAUGGGGGAUCUGUUUAUGCUUAUCAAGGACAUUAUCUUGAACAGCCUCAGAAUUGGCAGGGUUGAGAGCAUGAGGAAAAUUCAUUAUUGUUGCAUAAAUUCAAGUUGUCUUGAAGAUUGUAAGAGCUUUUGGCAACUAUUUGGGCACACUUGUUUUCUUUCUCUGUCACAGAGUCUUGGUUUGUAAGGAUGAAUAAUUAUGUUGGACAAAAUUUUCUAAAUGGCUC